GAAAAUGGGUUACCAGGGGCCUGUUGCACAAAAGUAGAAUUAAGACAUCCGGGAUAAAUGACUCAGCUGAGCUCAAUAAAGCCAAAACAUGUGCGUCCAGGCUUAAUUGGUUGCACAAAGACCAAGCCAGGAUGAGCAGACACGGAUUCAUUAAGCCAGGUGAAACCAAUCCUGGAUAGGUGCGCGCUCACGGCUCACUCAAAUAGACCCCGCCACAGAUCACAGAUUAACUGAUUUACCAUGGCAACUAGAGCCGCGUACUUUUCCCCGUCGGAAGCACAAAUCCUCAUGGAGGCAUACGAGGAGGUAAAAGAUAUAAUUAAGAAGAAAGGCAACACCGCCACAGUGAUAAAGCAAAGAGAAAAAGCGUGGCAAAGUAUUGCAGACCGCCUGAAUGCAUUAAACAUGAACGGGCCAAAACGGACAUGGCAGCAGGUCAAAAUCAAAUACAAGAACAUUCUGCAGAAUGCAGUGAAAAAGAAUACCCACAGACAAGGCACGGGUGGUGGGUCACCAAAGGCUGACCUUACCCCAGCAGAGGACAUGGCCUUGGAGCUAAAUAAAGGCAGGCCCGUCUUAGAGGGGAUCCCUGGGGGGAAAGAGACGAGCAUAGGUUCCUCCCAAGAUGCCACCCGCUUCAUUCAAGUGUCUGGAAGAACUGUGUUCCUGUUAGAGCCACCAGCACAAGCACCAGACGAUGCUGAUCCAGGUGAAAGCCCCAGUGCAGCAGCAACAGCACAUGAUGGAGACGAUGAUGAUGAGGAGGAGACCAUCUCUGUGGAUUCCAGAAGGCAUGAGGACCCAGAUGCUAUACAGUGGGAAAACCAGCCUGGCAACAUAAGCUCACAAGCUAUCAGAAAGUUGUAUGGCAACCACCUCCGGCGCCAAAUAGAACUGGCAGACAUAGACAUUCAGUACAAGAAGAAAAAGAUAGAAAAUCUUGCACUGGAGUCCGAAAUAAAAAAGAGGACAAUUAGGAAACUGGACCUUGAAAUAAAAAAACUUGAGAGGGAGGUGAGAUAUGCCUUCAAUGUACACUGUAUGCUAACUGUAACACAAAUGUAUUAAUCAUUAUUUUUCUUUCCUCCCCCAGCUCCAAGAAGAUGACACAGCUCAAAAUAAAAAUUAGGUAUAUUCUCGUAAAGUCAAGUGAGCCAUGACAUAUGAGCUCUUAUUGUGAGCACACAGGACGGUGGCAUCUUUCUAAGGUAUAUUUUAUUUUCACAGCAAUCAGUACAACCAAGUCAUCGUUAUAAGGCACCGGCCUCUUUUGCC